AUGUCACUUCCGAUGAAGCUGCACACCGAAGUCAAAAGCUUUUACGGAUUUCUCAGAUGCAGAUCGAAUACCUACUGGUCAGUAACAAGAUAUUAUGAUUAA